GUGUGGGGCGCACGUUCGCUCACUCAGGUGCGCACAGUGGAACGAACCGGACUGCUCGAAUGUACCGCGUGCGCCAGUCGGCGAAAACCGUAUCCGUCGCAACUCAAAGCGUUUAAUCUCACAGGCCGCUACGGAGUGCGGUUUUUUUUGGUGUUAAGUUAAGCAAAGAAAGAAGAUACAAAAAAAAAACAGUUUCGUUAGGAGAAAGGCAUAAAACGAAACGAAAACACAACGAGAACCCGUGUGUGUAGUGUUUCAAAUAGCACGCAGCAAACAGAGCGGAAUGAAAGUGAAAUGCGGGACGGUGAUGGACGGCAGGUAGUAGACAAAUAGUAGUAGUAGUAGUACGCCCACGUGCCGCUAGAUAUUUCAACUCCGUAGUGGUUCCGCUCCGUGUGGUUUUUCGUGUGCCUGUUUGGACCUAAACCUGUACACGGGCUGUAGUGAUCUUAAUCGCAGUUCUUCAUCACCUCUGGUGGGUGGUACCGAAGUACCGUAACGGUACCGUGCAAAUACAGCAAAUAGUGUUUAUUGUAGUCUGGUUGCCACACGAUGGCACAGCAAAAAUUCUUCUCCGGCCUAACCGAGGGUAUGAUCAAUCGGGCAUCGGGUGAGCGUCCCGAUCGGCAGAAGACACACUUCUACUGGCCGGACGAGUACGCACCGGAACCGGAACCAUCCGCCACGAUCAACGGUCACCCACUCAACCGUCGCCCAUCGGAAGCACCGAUCGGUUCAUCCCCACAGCCAACCAUAGAACGACGCCCCGAUCAACAGCCACCCACCACCACCUGCGUACCUGCGGUGGUACGUGACCGUCUGCCAAAGCACGCGGAAUCGCACAUUCAGUUUUACGACGGUGUCGGAUCAUCGUUCGGUGAGCUGGAGCGCACCAAGGCACACGAGCGUUUCCGAAUCGAGCAGUUUUUGCGCCAACAGUCGGAAGAGGAAACGGGCGAAGCAGCACGGGCUAAACGACUCAGCACGCUACAGUCAAAGAUUGAGUUCUACGACUACUGUACGCCCGUAAAUGGUACAUCCCGACGCAAUGCUGUCCCGUCCGGUCGGUUUACAACACAGCGCCCGGACAAUGGGUACGCAGCUAGUGAGCAUGAACGUAAUGGGGAAGUUUUCGAGCAGGAUGCGGGCGAGGAUGAGCUUGAUUUCGAUGAUCGUAGCAGCUACCGUUCGAGCAUCUGCUCAUCAACGCACACGACCCCAACCAGUGGCCAUCGCCACCAUGCCGGUUCGGAGCUGCCCGAACACAAGCGUAACUCCCAGCGGCAUCUACGGUCCAGCAUCAACUUCCACAACGGGUGCACCAUCGCGGAUGAUAGUGAGGACCCAAAGAAACCGGUCAGUGUGCGCGAAUCGGCCACAAACCGUGUUGGCGUCGGUUUGCCUAAUCUGUAGCCAACUCCACGAAACUCUCUCUCUCUCUCCCUCUUCAACGCUUGCUCUCUUUUGUGUAUGUACGAACGUGUUAAGCUAUCUCGCGGACUGAACAUCCCCCGUAUGACGUCACGUACCUGAAGC